GAGCAAGCGGGGCAGGCCUUCGGGAGGGGGCGCAGGGACUGGACAGAGCAGGGGCGGGACCACGGCCGCCUGCACGGUUCCGGGUCUCCCGCCGCGAAGCAGCUCAGGGUGCACUUGAUCGGGUCGGGCUGCGGGGAAGGGCUGGUCUGGGGAGAACCCAAGAGCGCCGCGGCGUCCUCCACCCCCCUCCUCGCGGCCGCCUAGCCACAGCCACAGCCCGAGCCAGCGCCACUUCGCCUCAGGGCUUGCCCGCCCCUAGUCAUGGCUUUCGCCAAUUUCCGUCGCAUCCUGCGCCUGUCCACCUUCGAGAAGAGAAAAUCCCGCGAAUAUGAGCACGUCCGCCGGGAUCUGGACCCCAAUGAGGUUUGGGAGAUCGUGGGCGAGCUGGGUGACGGCGCCUUCGGCAAGGUUUAUAAGGCCAAGAACAAGGAGACAGGCGCCUUGGCUGCAGCCAAAGUAAUUGAGACCAAUAGCGAGGAGGAGCUGGAGGACUACAUCGUGGAGAUCGAGAUCCUGGCCACUUGCAACCACCCCUACAUCGUGAAGCUCCUGGGAGCCUACUACUACGACGGGAAGCUGUGGAUCAUGAUCGAGUUCUGUCCCGGGGGAGCCGUGGACGCCAUCAUGCUGGAGCUGGACAAGGGCCUCACCGAACCCCAGAUUCAGGUAAUUUGCCGCCAGAUGCUGGAAGCCCUCGACUUCCUCCACGGCAAGAAGAUCAUCCACCGAGAUCUGAAAGCUGGCAAUGUGCUGAUGACCCUCGAGGGUGAUAUCAGACUGGCUGACUUUGGUGUGUCUGCCAAGAAUCUGAAAACUCUGCAGAAACGAGAUUCCUUCAUAGGAACGCCUUACUGGAUGGCGCCUGAGGUGGUGAUGUGUGAGACCAUGAAAGACACCCCGUAUGACUACAAAGCCGACAUCUGGUCCUUGGGCAUCACCCUGAUUGAGAUGGCCGAGAUCGAGCCUCCACACCAUGAGCUCAACCCCAUGCGGGUCCUGCUCAAGAUCGCCAAGUCAGACCCGCCCACACUGCUCACCCCUUCUAAGUGGUCAGUGGAGUUCCGAGACUUCCUGAAGGUGGCCCUGGAUAAGAACCCAGAAACCCGGCCCAGUGCUGCACAGCUCCUAGAGCACCCCUUCGUCAGCAGCAUCACCAGUAACAAGGCUCUGCGGGAACUGGUGGCGGAGGCCAAGGCCGAAGUGAUGGAGGAGAUUGAAGACGGCCGGGAUGAAGGGGAAGAGGAAGACUCCGGGGACGUGACCUCUCCUCUGGGGAACCACACUCAGGACUCUUCUGAGGUGAGUCAGCUGAGCCUCAAUGCUGACAAGCCUCUCAAGGAAUCAUCUUCCACCCUGCCAACGCCCAGCCAGCCUCAGGACAGUGUGAAUGGGCCCUGCAGCCAGCCCUCUGGGGACAGAUCCCUCCAAACCACCAGCCCCCCAGAUGUGGCCCCUGGAAAUGAGAAUGGCCUAGCUGUGCCUGCUCCCCUCCGGAAGUCCCGGCCAGUAUCGAUGGAUGCCAGGAUUCAGAUAGCCGAGGAGAAGCAAGUCACUGACUGGGGAGACCUUGGUCCAGUAGCCAAUAGGUCCCAAAAGGCAAGCCAGAGCCGGCCCAACAGCAGCGCCCUGGAGACCUUGGGUGACGAGAAGCUGGCCAAUGGCAGCCUGGAGCCCCCUGCCCAGGUGGCUCCAGGCCCAUCCAAGAGCGACUCAGACUCUGGCAGCCUCUCCGUCUCCGAGAGCUUGGACUACAGCACCUCCCUCUCUGCUGACCUGUCCCUGAACAAAGAGACGGGCUCUCUGUCCAUUAAGGACUCAAAGCUGCACAACAAGACCCUCAAGCGGACACGCAAGUUUGUGGUGGAUGGCGUGGAGGUGAGCAUCACCACCUCCAAGAUCAUCAGCGAAGAUGAGAAGAAGGAUGAGGAGAUGAGAUUUCUCAGGCGCCAGGAACUCCGAGAGCUCCGGCUGCUCCAGAAAGAAGAACAUCGGAACCAGACCCAGCUGAGCAGCAAGCAUGAGCUGCAGCUGGAGCAGAUGCAUAAACGUUUCGAACAAGAAAUCAAUACCAAGAAGAAGUACUUUGACACAGAGCUGGAGAACCUGGAGCGUCAGCAAAAGCAGCAAGUAGAGAAGAUGGAGCAAGAACAUGCCGUGCGCCGCAGGGAGGAGGCCAAGCGGAUCCGCCUGGAACAGGAGCGGGACUGUGCCAGGUUCCAGGAACAGCUCAAACUGAUGAAGAAGGAGGUGAAGACGGAGGUGGAGAAGCUCCCCCGGCAACAGCGAAAGGAUAGCAUGAAGCAGAAGAUGGAGGAGUACGUGCAGAAAAAGCAGCUUCUUGACCAGGAGUUUCUAGCCAAGCAGAAGGAGGACCUGGAGCUGGCGAUGAAGAGGAUCACUGCCGAGAACAGGCGGGAGAUCUGUGAUAAGGAGCGCGAGUGUCUCAAUAGGAAGCAGGAGCUCCUUCGAGACCGGGAGGCAGCCCUGUGGGAGAUGGAGGAGCACCACCUACAGGAGAGACAUCAGCUGGUGAAGCAGCAGCUCAAAGACCAGUACUUCCUGCAGCGGCAUGAGCUCCUGCGCAAGCAUGAGAAGGAGCGGGAGCAGAUGCAGCGCUACAACCAGCGCAUGAUGGAGCAGCUGAAAGUGCGGCAGCAGCAGGAGAAGGCGCGGCUGCCCAAGAUCCAGAGGAGCGAAGGCAAGACGCGCAUGGCCAUGUACAAGAAGAGCCUCCACAUCAAUGGUGGGGGCAGCGCCUCGGAGCAGCGCGAGAAGAUCAAGCAGUUCUCCCAGCAGGAGGAGAAGAGGCAAAAGUCAGAGCGGCUGCAGCAGCAGCAAAAACAUGAGAACCAGAUGCGGGACAUGGUGAUCCAGUGCGACAGAAACACAAACGAGUUGCAGCAGCUACAGAAUGAAAAAUGUCACCUCUUGGUAGAACACGAAACCCAGAAGCUGAAGGCCCUGGACGAGAGCCAUAACCAGACCCUGAAGGAAUGGCGGGACAAGCUUCGGCCACGCAAAAAGGCUCUGGAAGAAGAGCUGAACCAGAAGAAGCGGGAGCAGGAGAUGUUCUUCAAACUGAGUGAGGAACCCGAGUGCCUGAGCCCUCCCACCCCAAACAAGGCCACCAAGUUCUUCCCCUACAGCUCUGCGGAUGCUUCUUAACAGCCACCUGGGAUUGUGGCUGGCAGGUGGGUGGGCCUCUGGGGCCCUCCCAUUGUCUGUGAACACAUAACUCAGGACCCACCUUCCUCUUGCUUCUGUGCCAGCUCGAACCCAGUGCCUUGCCCUAUGUCACCCAGCUGUGCCCACCAGGCCCGUCCCAUUGUCCCUGAUGCUCACACACUUGUGGAAGGGGACGUCUUGUUCUAUGUGGCCUGACCCUAAUGCCUGUUGAUGUGGUCAGGGUCCAGGAGGAAUGGGUGUUCUGUGGCCUCAAGGCCCCUCCUGUUUGCCAAAACACCAGAUUCACUGUCUGUGGGGCCAAAGUGCUGCUGCUGAAGUCAUCAGGGCUUGUCCAUAUUUUAAUCCUAGAUGGUUUUCAGCCCUUACCUGCAGAGUGUCAGACAAGACACUCUGUGUUGAACAGCCAUUUCAGUUCCUACUGGAGCUCAGCUUGCAGCCAGCUGCUCAGGACAUGCCCUCAUCCCUCCAGUUCCUCUGGUUUGCCUUCCACUUGAGAAGAGGCUGUGUCUGCAGCUAGGGGAGGGACGCCCGAAAUGUUCAUUCCCCCAACACACACAUGCACACACACGCGCGCACACACACACACACACGCACACGGCCUGCCUCCACCCUGGGUCUCUUGCACGCAGGUGGUUGGAACACGUUUGCUGCCUGAGCCUGUGCUACUGAGCGGAUUGGGAGGAGCAGUUGGUAUGGAGAGUGGUGGGCCUUGGCACCAGAGGCACAGAGAAGGCACGGGCUGCACUCCAGCAUCAUUUUGGCCCCCACACAGGAUCCUCUGUUCAGGGAUAAAUCCCUUACCAUGCAAGACUUUCACGAUGCACCCGGCUCCUGUCUCACACUUGCCCACCUGCCCACAGUGAUUUGGGAGAGCUGUUUCCCUCUGCCCUGGGCCCCCUCCUUGUUCAGGAGUACAGCCUUACAUUUCAGACUGAGGCUGGCCAUCAGCUGAAUUUCUUCUCAGGAAGAAAAAGCAUCAGGGAAGAGAGCUUAGUGCUCCCUGUCCCCAGGAACAUGGCAGAAGCAAAGGUUCUAUAUCUCAGAUGGAAUAUUGGGGCUUUUAGAUCACUCAGUUUGCCCCCACAGCUUCUGAUCUCCACAGGCCUCAGAGUGUGUCUACCCCAAUAACAGAAACUGCUCAAACCAGCAUUUGGUUUAUUUACAAAGAAAAUCUUUUUCCACCUUGAUUUCUAAUUGUCCAUUGAAAUAAAUAUAAGCUGUAUGGCUUCUUCAGGAAGAUACUUCCCUUAAAACACUCACACACACAGACAAGUGAUGAUACUCUUUAAUAAUCAUGUGGGCAUGAGUCUGGGUGCUAUUUUGCUGGUGAUAAAGUGGCUGAAACAAUCCAGGAGGACUCCCCCCUUCAUUCCUAAAAGCUGAGGUCAAUUCUUUGUCUUUCUAAAGCAAUUCUCAGGAAGUUUUUUCAGAACUGGUUGUAACUGGAUCCUUGGGAAGCAAGGAAAAGGGGAUUUGGGGAUUUGGGGUUCCCAAGUCUUCAGUAAGCAAUAGUGAAGCUUUCAGGGUGCAGGGGAGGGCAGUGCUUCUCCUAGGUUAGUGAGCAUUCAGCUUGCCUGCUUCAGUAUUUGGCCAAGAUGGGAUAUUUUCCAGGCCCACACAAAUGGGACAAGUUAAACAACAGCCCCCUUUUAUUCUCUUUGGUGCACAGAUGCUGGGAGAACAUGAGCCAGUAGCCAUGUGAAUAUAGAGCAGAAACCAGUUCCACCAAGUGACACCAGCAGGGCUGAUCUGGGUCUUGGUUCUAAUAUCUCCUUUUGCAGCCUGGGGUGUGAGGAUGAGUGUGAGGUGAGAUGCCAGGUUCAUGGUUCCGGCGAGUCUUCAGUCAUUCCUUUAUUUGGCUUGUCAUUCCCAUGGAAUCCCCUUCCAGGAGUUGCUGCUUCCCUGCUCAGGGCUCUCCGGGCCCUAAUCGCCCCCCUGGCCUCUCUGGAUGGGGUCUGCUCGGCUCUCCCAGCCUCACCACCGAGCCAAUGUGCAAUACCCCCUGCUGUGAAGUCCCACGCAGUAUUCCUCAUGCCCAGUGCUAACGUUUUCUCUGUAAGGGACAGGCAGAACUGUUUCUCAUUUUUAGUCUGUUUUUAGCAGAUUAAAUAUAACUAACUUAUAUUUUCCCUUUAUGAGGUAUAGAAGUUAUUUUUAUGUAGUUUCUAAACUUUCUACGAAUCUUUUGUAAAAUGUGCUCUGCAAAGUUAACUGCGAGAAUGUACAUAUGCUUCUAAUAAAGUAACAAG